CAACAGCUACCCAUAUUAAUAAAAUGCCUCUAGAAGGGAUCAAGAACAUAAUUCUCAUCCUCUCUGGUAAAGGGGGAGUUGGCAAGUCGUCAGUCACCCUCCAGCUCGCCCUAGCUCUCACCUUACAAGGCAAAUCUGUUGGAGUCCUCGACAUCGACCUAACAGGGCCCUCUAUCCCACGUCUCGUCGGUCUUGAAGGCGCAAAGAUCACACAAUCCUCGAACGGGUGGGUUCCUGUACCAGUACAUGAAGCUGAGGCCCAAACAGCUUCAGGUAACGAUGCUGCGGUUGCGCUUUCAGACGAUGGUGGAGAUGAGAAUAAGGACGUAGAACGUGCAAAGCCAAGAGGAAGCCUCCGUUGCAUGUCGCUCGGCUUUCUCCUCCGCGACCGCGGUGACGCUGUUAUCUGGCGCGGACCCAAGAAGACAGCAAUGAUCCGACAAUUCCUUACAGAUGUCUACUGGGGUGACACCGAUUACCUGCUUGUCGACACGCCGCCAGGGACAAGCGACGAGCAUAUUGCGCUUGCAGAGGAACUGCUGAAAUUGUCAACCACGAGCCCAUCUUCUACCGGUGUCGGUGCGCUCCCCCGCCUCACAGGCGCCGUCCUCGUCACAACACCCCAAGCAAUCGCGACUUCGGACGUGCGCAAGGAGGUGAAUUUCUGCGUCAAGACGAAUAUACCUACUUUGGGUGUUAUAGAAAACAUGUCCGGUUACACGUGUCCGUGUUGCGGGGAGGUGAGUAAUCUGUUUUCGAGUGGGGGUGGGGAGGUGAUGGCGCGGGAGAUGGGAGUAAGGUUUCUGGGGAAGGUUCCUGUUGAUGUGCAGUUUGGCGCUUUGGUAGAGGGGAAGAGUCAGGAGGAAAGCGAUGAUGAGGAUGAAGAUCGGGAACGGAACAAAGUGGAAGAGGAGAAAGGGCAGGAUUUUGUUGACGAGCGACCGCUGGUGGAGAGGUACAAGGAAUGCUGGUCGUAUGGGCAGUUUGAGGGUUUUGCUAAGACGCUGAUAGGGGAGAUUGAGGGUUGA